GAGGAGAAGAAAAAUGGCGGCUCAAGGCGAAUCCAAAUGGGACGCCGGGCUAACAUUUUGAGCUUUCACACCCGAAAAGGCACGGGGGCUUCACUGGGCGACUGCACCUUUCGGGCCCCCACCGGAUAAGCUUUGAGGAGGUUGCACUUUUGCAGGCGUCCGCAUUGCCUAAAGACGCGCACAGACUGGGCUUGCAAAAGAAUAGAUUUGGCCUAUCAUGAGAGGCAGAGGCAGGGGCAGGCCGUCCAAACCGUUACCGAGCGAGGAGCCAUCCCCAGCGCCGACCCGCGGCCUACGACCCAGGAGGAACAUCAAACCCAGAGCCAGGGACAGUGGGGAUGAGGACUUGGAGAGCCCGACCAGGGAGAGCCCUAAACCGGUCAAAGCGAAGAGGAAACGGGGCUCCAGUGCGUCUGCCCGAGGAAAGGCACGCAGCAGAGGCGGCGGUGCGGGCAGAGGAGGCAGGGGGACCCGCGGAGCCAGGCGGAGCAAAGGCUCCAAGACUGUGGUGUACGAUGACCACGAGAGUGAUGAGGAAGAGGACGCCGUGAGCCUCAGGUCUGAUGAAGAAGAGUUUUUGGAGGAAGAGACGCAGUCCGAGGAGGAAGAGGGCCUCAAAGCGGACUCUGACUGCCUGGAGGAUGAGGAGCCGCUGGACGAGCUGGAGGAGGAGGAGGAUGAUGCGAGCUACUGCACCGAGAGCAGCUUCAGGAGCCAGAGCACCCACGCCAGCACCCCGGGUAAAAGACGAGGACGUGCUCCACGACCCCGCACGCCCAUCCUGGAGGAGAAGGAGAUUCCUCCUCUGGUGCUUCCAGAUUCCUCUGAGGACCUCCUGGUACCUAAUGAGGAACUUCUCAGUGCAGUCUCCAUCUACGAGGUGCUGCGCAACUUCAGCUCUGUGCUACGCCUCUCUCCUUUCCGCUUUGAGGACUUUUGUGCUGCUCUUCUGGGCCAAGAGCAAAGUACUUUAAUCUCUGAGACACACAUAGCUCUUCUAAAAGUGAUUCUACGAGAAGAGGAUACCUCUAAUACUACCUUCGGCCCCACGGACCUCAAAGACAGUGUCAACUCCACUUUGUUCUUUAUAGACGGCAUGACGUGGCCUGAAGUGUUGCGCUCAUACUGUGAGAGUGACAAAGAGUAUCACCAUGUACUUCCUUACCUAGAGACAGACGAGUAUCCAUAUGGUCCUCUUGAGAGUAAAGUGCGUGUGUUACAGUUUUUGGUGGACCUAUUCCUCACCACAAACAUUGCCCGUGAUGAGCUGAUGUCUGACGGCGUGAUGCAGUAUGAUGACCACUGCAGAGUAUGCCACAGGCUGGGAGACCUGCUGUGCUGUGAGACGUGCUCGGCGGUGUACCACCUGGAGUGUGUGAAGCCCCCGCUGGAGGCCGUACCCGAGGAUGAGUGGCAGUGUGAGGUGUGUGUGGCCCAUCAGGUGCCCGGGGUCAACGACUGCAUCAUGGAAGUGCAGAAGAACAAGCCUUACAUCAGACAGGAGCCCAUCGGAUACGACCGGCACCAGAGGAAGUACUGGUUUCUCAACAGAAGGAUUAUUGUAGAAGAGGAGGGUGAGCAGGAGAGCAAGCGCACGUGGUACUACAGCACCCGGCCCCAGUUGGAGGAGCUGAUGGAGCUGUUGGAUCAGGAGUACUGGGAGAGUGACCUUUAUGCCACUCUGGAGGAGGUCAGGGAGGAGGUACAGGCCCACAUGGACAUCACCCUGGACCUCACCAAGAAGGCCAGCAGUGCACGCAACUAUCUGUCAGCUCUCAACGAAGUUGUGGAGGAGCGUUUGAAGGGGCUGCGAGAGGCUAAGGAAGUCAAGCGCAAAGAGGAGGUAGCCAAGAGCGAGGCAGAGAAGCCCUCAACAGAAGAACCAGCAAUCAGCAAUGGAGAGCAGAGGGACACCGAGAUGAGCCAGGAGUCCAGCUCCCAAGCCACAGCUGGCGCUCCCACAGAGGAGAGCAGUGGUGAGCCUGAGCCCCAUUCUGCCUCUGCUGUUCAGGACUCUGGCAAAGGCACAGAGGGGGCAGAUAAGGAGCAACCCCCAGAGGCACAGCAGGGGGAAGCAGAUGAGGAGAUGAAAGAGGAUCCUGGCAGCAGUGAAAGCCAAAACGAAAUGAAGACCCAACCCAAGGAGGAGCCCGAAUCAUCCCAACCCACAGACUCCAGCACCAGUAACAACAGUAACAGUGGCCUCAUCAAACCUGAGCAGCCCGACCUGAACGACCGCUCCUCCCGCUCCUCCUUCACCAGUCAGGACGGCACAGAUGAAUACAACAAGAUGAAAGGAGAGAAGGAAGCAACAGCAGCAGCUGCAAGGGAGAUCCCACUGAGCAGAGUGAACAAGGAGCCCCUGCUCUGCUCACUCCUUUUCAAGAGUGACCCUGUGCUCAAAACCCAGAUGAACAACUUCUUCAAGCUGGGACAGGAAGGCAAGUAUCGUGUCUACCACAACCAGUACAGCACCAAUACGCUGGCCCUGAACAAACACCAGCAUCGUGAGGAACACGACAAGAGGAGGCAUCUGUCCCACAAGUUCAGCUUGACCACAGCCGCAGAGUUCAAGUGGAACGGCACCAUCCACGGCUCCAGGGCCCUCACUGUGGCCACCCUCCGUCUCAACAUCACCCAGCUAGAAACAAACGUGCCGGGGCCCUUCAUGCAUCCCAACUGGGCCUCACACAGGAACAACUGGAACAAAGCAGUGCAAAUGUGCAGUAAGGCCCGGGAGUUUGCUUUAGCCUUGGCCAUCCUGGAGUGUGCCAUCAAACCUGUGGUCAUGCUGCCUGUGUGGAAGGAGUCUCUGGGACACACGCGGCUGCACCGUAUGACUGCCAUGGAGCGAGAGGAGAAGGAGAAGGUGAAGAAGAAGGAGAAGAAGCUGGAGGAUGAGGAGACGCUGCAGCAGGCCACAUGGGUCAAGUACACCAUUCCCAUCAAACAUCAGGUAUGGAAGCAGAAGGGUGAAGAGUACAGGGUGACUGGGUAUGGAGGCUGGAUCUGGGUCAGCAAGACUCGAGUACCCCGCUUUGUGCCCAGGCUGCCCGGCAACACUAACGUCAACUACCGCAAAGAGCUGGAGGCUAAAAUGAAGGAAAAUGCUGCUAAGAAAAAGGCAGUGAAAAGUGAAAAACAGACUGAACAAAAGGAAGAUGAGGGACAGACCUCCAACGCUGUGGAGCCUCAGAGCACUACUACUACUACUACUCCUACAGAUGGACAGAACGCAAAUGAGAAGGAGGAGGAGAAGGAUGGGAAAGAAGAGGACAGAAAGAAAGAGGAUGAGAAAAUGGAGGUAGAGCCUUCUAGAGGAAACAAUUCGAUUCCAGCUGAAGAAAAAGAUAAAACUGCACCUCCUCCCUCUACCGAUCAAUCUAUGAGCUCCGAACCAGUCCCCAGCUCCGAGCCCAAGGAGGAGGAGCUCUCUCCUUACUACGAUGUGGUCAACGUGAGCCAGGGCUUCCAGCUGCGCACAGUCUACAAGAAGAAGGUCAAACCCUCCAGACUGGACUCACUACUGGAGCGCCGUGUAAAGCAAUUCACCUUCGAGGAGAAAGCCCGGCUCGAGAGGCUACGGCAGGCUGCGUUAGCAACCAAGCUCGUAGCAGCAGCCAAACCCCUCAAAAGUGAACCCAUGCAACAGCCUCCAGCGACCCCUAGUGUUAAAACAGAAGAGAAUGCCCAAGUUAAAGAUAAUGUGGUGAAAAAACUCAACUUCGAGCCUGAAGAAGUCAAAAUUGAUCAUGAAACUCAGGUGAAAUCAGGAACUGGUGAAGGCUCUAUAGUCAACGGAGAAUCAAUAUCAAGCAAAAACAAUGGAAUAUCUGAAACAACAGACUCUGAGGAAAUGAAUACAUUGUCUGAAAAGGGGAAGAAAAGGACAUUUGAAGAAGUUGAGCAAGACGACAAGAGCAGUUCAGUGCAAGUAAAUGGAAAAAAUGCUAAUGUGGAUGCUAACCUUAAACAAGAUGGACAAGAGAGCCAAAUUCAAGAUAGCGUCAAAGAGCCCACAAAAGAAACCGUGAAAUCUUUAAUGAAUGGUAACUUGUGUCAAAAUGAUGCGCAUCCACCUCCUAGCAAAAUCCAGAAAUUGGACAAUCACAUAGCAGAAGGACCCAAAUCAGAUGACAUAAAAGAUGAGACUAAAAAUGCUAGUAGUUCCACAGGUGAAGCUAGCAAACCCACAUUCCCAGCUGCCUCCACGCCUCUCACCUCCCAGAAAGCUAAGUCGGGAGGAGUAGCCACUACAGCUAGCUCCAUGAUUAGCAAAGAGUACUCCACAAAAGAAAGGGUGAGUCUCCAAAAGUUCUCCAAGGGUAAGAAGUUACGUUCAGGGACCGCGCUACCGUCAUACCGCAAGUUUGUGACCAAGAGCAGCAAGAAGAGCAUUUUUGUCCUGCCCAAUGACGACCUCAAGAGGCUGGCAAGGAGGGGAGGAUUCAGAGAAGUGCCCAUAUUUAACUACAACGCCAAGCCAGCACUGGAUAUAUGGCCCUACCCAUCGCCGCGGCCAACCUUUGGGAUGACGUGGAGGUAUCGUCUCCAAACAGUGAAGUCUCUAGCUGGGGUGAGUCUGAUGCUGAGGCUGCUCUGGGCCUGCCUGCGGUGGGAUGACAUGGCAGUCAAACCCUCUGCGGCUGUCGGAACCACCAGGAAAGAAACCACAGACACUGAUAUCAUCACCACGGAGAUUAUCAAGCGCAGAGAUGUGGGUCCUUUUGGGAUCUGCUCCGAGUACUGUAUCAGGAAGAUCAUCUGCCCUCUGGUGAGCCGGGACACCUCCAAAGACACCCCAACUCCCCAGAGGAAGGGCCUGCGCUCCAGUGCCCUCAGGCCCAAGAAGCAGGAGCCAGCCAAACAGUCUGGACCUGUCGCUGUGGAGACGUGGAUCCCAGAGGAGGAGCUGGAACUGUGGGAGAUCAGAGCUUUUGCAGAGAGAGUGGAGAGGGAGAAGGCACAAGGAGCGGACCCCUCUAAAAUUGGUGCCUCUCUGAAGACUGUGGAGGAGGUCAAGGCCCACCUGGAGAAUCAACUCAAGCAGGCCAGACUUGCAGCUCAGCAGAAACGCCUGGAGCAACAGAAACUUCUAACCACUGCCAGCACCCCCACCACAGCCACCGCCUCCCCCUCAUCCACCCCUGCUCCCACGACCCUCUCCACCCCCAGCACCCUUCUGUCUACGGGCCAGAGGACAGGCCUGGCCGCACCUGGGGCUAAGAUGGUCCUGGCCUCCAAACUGGGCUCUCCUGCACCAUUUCAGCAGGAUAAGAACUUUGAGCAGUCCUACAUGUCCUGGGUCAAGCAGGGACAAAACAACAGCAGUGGAACAGAUAACCAGAAAGUCACUAGUAUAUUCCCAUCCGGACCUCCUGCCAACCUGAGGACGUACAGCACAUUACACCCUACUACAGGGAACAUGAACCUCCGAGCCAGUGCCACUUCCAUUGCUCAGCCUCAGGCCGUUACGGCAGCAGGUCCAACCCCAUCGGGCACACUCACCCAGCCGCCUGCUCCUACAGGGGGAGCAAUGGUCAAGACUCCAGCUGUAUCUCAACAAGGUCAACCUCAGGUGGCAGCAGCUCAGCUGGCCCCUCCUUCCUCUUCCUCCCCAGCUGCAGGACAGACGUCCACUGCCCCCCAGACCCCCAGGCCUCAGCAGGGACAGGUCAAGCUCACAAUGGCCCAGCUCAUGCAGCUCACGCAGAGUGCUCAGGAAGGAAACCCGGGCCUGACCGUGGUGAUCCAGGGUCAGGGGCAGACCCAGGGCCAGCUGCAGAUCGUACCCCAAGGAGUGACCAUCAUCCCCGGGCCGGGACAGCAGCUCAUGCAGGCCGCCAUGCCCAAUGGCCAAGUGCAGCGCUUCCUCUUCACACCCUUGCCCCCCUCUUCCUCUCCACCCACCACCUCAACCUCUGCUGCAUUGACACCCACCAAACUCACUCCCCAAACCCCUACGCCCAUACAGCCACGCCCCCCAGCACCUGUCCAGACCACUCCCUCUUCUCUGGCCCAAACGCAAAUGGUUGCUCCUCUACCCACCCCAAUUUCAUCUCCAGUCCAACCAGCUCAACCUCCAAUUACUUCAACCCCAAUUCUGCCAAAAAUUGCCCCUCAAAUUUUACCCACAACCCCUUCUGUUACUACGCAACCCCAGCUGCAGAGGGUGCUACCUGCUCCUUUGCUAAAUCCAAUUCCGACAGUUACCCCCCAAAUUUCCAAAGUAACAACCACGCCAGUCCAAUCUUCUCAGCUUCCUGUAUCCCAAAUUCAAACCACAUUAAUCCAGGUGCAGUCCCCCAUCCGGCACCAGCUCAUCACGGUCCCAGGCCUCCAACAGCCCGUGCAGCUCCUGUCAGCCCUGCCUCCUCACGUGGCCGCCCAGAUACAGGCACAGAUCCAGGCCCAAGCCCAGCAACAGGGAGGGACGGUACCGCAGCAGAUCAAACUACAGCUGCCCAUACAGAUCCAGACCGCGGGGGGAGCUAUUCAGAACAUGGUGACGAUCCAGGCCCCACCCACAGUGCAGGAGCAGCUACAGAGGAUGCACCAGCAGCAGCAGCAGCCAGUCCAACAGCAAACGCCAACACCACCAAAGAAGAAGAAACAUGGCGAGAGCAAAAGAGAUAAAGAGCACCACCUACAGGCAGCUGGCAACAGGGACGGACUACACAGCAAGGUGGCCAUCAAGAACUCUGCUGCAGAGCUGUUGAAGCAGAAGAAAUCUCUGGCUGCUGCUGAACGGGAAGAGAACCAGAGAAUGAUCGUGUGCAACCAGGUGAUGAAGUUCCUCCUGGACAAGAUCGAGAAGGACGAGAAACAGGCAGCUAAGAAGAGGAAGAAGGAGGAGGUGGUGGAGCAGAAGAGAUCCAAGCAGAAUGCUUCCAAACUGACGGCACUACUGUACAAGCACAAAGAGCAGCUCAAGGCCGAGAUCUUGAAGAAGAGAGCUCUGCUGGACAAAGAGCUACAGCUGCAAGUCCAGGAGGAGCUCCGUCGGGACAUCGCACGUCUCCAGAGAGAACGCGAAAAGGCCCGAGCCGCUAUCGCCCAGGCCGCCACCGUUAAAGCAGCAGCAGCAGCUUCCCACCCCUCUCACCUCUCCCACCCCUCUCACCCAUCUCACCCAUCCCACCCAUCUCACGCCUCUCACCCAUCUACUCACCCUGCACCCUCCACGCACCCCUCCCACACUGCCCCCCACCCACCAGCUCCACCAUCCUCCUCUUCCUCCUCCUCAUCACCACACAAACGCAGAAGGGAAGAGGACAGGGAGAGGGACCGCAGCCGAGACAAGUACAAGCACCAUGACAAGGACAAGAAACGUGACAGAGACAAAGACAGGGACAAACACAGAGACAGAGACAAGGACAGAGACAGGGAUAGAGACAAGCACCGGGACCACGACCAUGGCUCGUCCAAACACAAGAAGAAGAAGAAGCAGUCGUCUACCUCAAAGGAGCACAAGAAGGACAACAAGCUGUACUGUAUCUGCAAGACGCCCUACGACGAGUCCAAGUUUUACAUUGGCUGUGACCUGUGUUCAAACUGGUUCCACGGCGCGUGUGUGGGCAUCACUGAGAAGGAGGCCAAGAAGCUGGAGGACUUUGUGUGUAAUGACUGUAAACGUGGCCAGGAGACAGGAGGGGGCAGCAGCAGCAGCAAUGAAGAACUCUACUGCAUCUGCCGGACCCCCUAUGACGAAUCACAGUUCUACAUCGGCUGUGACCGCUGUCAGAACUGGUAUCAUGGGCGCUGUGUGGGCAUCCUCCAGAGCGAGGCCAACCACAUCGACGUGUACGUGUGCCCGCAGUGCCAGUCCACCGAGGACGCCAUGACAGUUCUCUCUCCACUCACAGACAAAGACUACGAGGGGCUUAAGAGAAUAUUACGCUCCCUACAGUCUCACAAGAUGGCCUGGCCUUUCCUAGAACCAGUGGAUCCACACGAUGCACCCGACUAUUACAGAGUCAUCAAGGAACCAAUGGAUUUCGCCACCAUGGAAACCCGUCUGCAGAAGCGACACUACCACAAGCUGACCGAGUUCGUGGCUGAUGUGACCAAAAUCUUCGACAACUGCCGCUACUACAAUCCCAACGACACUCCCUUCUUCCAGUGCGCAGAGGUCCUGGAGGCCUUCUUUGUGCAGAAACUCAAAGGCUUCAAGGCCAGCAGGUCCCAUAACAACAAGCUCCAGUCUUCUGCUCAAACGUAAUACACCGGACUAUUUUUCCUGAACUUUUACGGAGCCUACCCUAUCUGCUCUGCACAUUUCGGGACCUUUUUGGAGCUAUCUUUGGGCCUAACGUAAUCGUACAAUCUCCAUCAUGGAAGAAGACUCAUUUUCGCGUCAUUUUUGUGGUGAUCAUGUUCAAAAUGGGGAUCAAGAAGCGGCACUUGAAGACUGAAAGAGCGCACUAAAAUAAGCUAUUGUGAAAGAAUAGUUUUAGUGGUAGUGGCAGACUCAAGAAGGCAAUUUGAAGUUGUUAAAAUGACUCUCCUCCUUUUUGUAUCACCGCUGAAGAAAUAUUGAUGUAUAUAAUGGAAUUGAAUACAUGUAAAAAAUACACACUUUUUUGUGACAUUAUGAUGACCAUCCAUUUCAAAACCUGUUGGACACAGACUGUACAGUUCACUCAUUUUCUAUGGCUACAACUCUUUGGUUUAUAAAUUAAAAUAUGUCUAUAAAUGU